CAUUUUACACGCCAAGCUUUUUGCUCUGUGCACGUAUAAUAUAUAUUGCAAUAUACAUAUUACAAUUAUAUACGUAUAGAUGCGUGUAGUGCAGAGAAGGUGGUAAAAAAUGGAUUGCUGCAACUACGUGCAGCCGUACAACAGUGGCACCGGACACUUUUACCAUCAACAAAAUCAUUUUUAUUAUGAAAAUAUGAACGCGUACGCGUCCUACAGCGGCAGCAUGACUCCGGGAUCGAAUGCGAUCGAAACAAACGUCCGAUACAAUCGACUACCACCUGCAUAUCCGACAGAUUACGUUUACAACCCAAAAGAGGCGAGGCUGCGAAAGGCGAUGAGGGAGCAAAGCAGGGAGCUUUCGCGGCAGUCGAUUCUUCAGACGGCGAUAGCCUCGGCAGCUUCCUCGAGUGGAAACGGAUCGGGGAGCGGAGCCGUGACGUCUUCGAGUUUCCCGAACCACCCCCUGAGCUGUUCUUCGUCCUCUACGGGAGGGACGGUCUCGCCCCUGCAGAACGGCAGCCCGUCGGUGAAUUCCGGGCGUAUUAUCAACCCCUGGUUCCCCGUCGGCCCUGCCUCCUCCUCGGCGCAUUUAAAACCCAUUAUCUCGCCGAGGAUGAUGGCAGCCCACCAACGGACCCUGGAGAAGACCAAGGAGGCCAUGAGAAAGCAGGUGGAAUGCUCGGCGUCCGGCGUCUUCUCCUCCGGAGGAGCGGCCAACCCCUCGUCGGGGUCGGGGUACCCCGGAGAAUUCGGGGGUCACAAUUCCCCCACUACUAGUGCCAACGAUUACUGCAUCAUCGCCGAGUUCGGAGAGGGCCAGAAGUGGCAUCCUUAUCAGAACGGAGGGAAUCCUUAUCACGGUCGAGGAGCCGCGAUGCCAAAGGUGGGCCUACAUCCGAACGCAAACGUUCACGGACCUUGGGCACAAUUCUGUGGACUCCCUCUGCAGACAUCGGCCGUUCAGAACCCGGUUAUACGGCCAUCGAGACAGAUGGUUUUCCUCCAAGACCAACAGAGUCAGCACUGCAACGCCUUUUCCGACGAAAUGCAGAUGUCCUACGUCCAGGCCAAAAUGGAACCCAAUCACAGGCUGCACCUAGCGUAUUCAGGCCAAAGGGAUCCUCAGGUAAAAGCUUCCGUAUCACCGCCGCAAAUACAGCAGCAACAGCAUCAACAGCAUCAUCAUCAUCAGCAGCAGCUCCAGCACGAGGAGUCGAAAUGCGGCGAAGCAUCCCAGGGUUGGGAUUCCGAGUCGACGGCGGGAUCCUCUGGGGUAACCGGUGUGCCGAAUAUGAUCCAGGAUCAGGGUGCUCAGGAUCAGGAAGAGGAGGGUGGUCAGCAGGUCAGCGAGAUCCAGGAGGAGCCGACGAGACAAAAGCCGAGCAGCAACAAGCAGCCGCUUCCAGGUUUCCACCAGGCGUUCGGCUCGACGGAAAUCGGCCGUUUCUCGAGGUCCGAAUUCUUCGCGAACAUGGUCGGCGACAGCAGCAACGUAAGUAGCACCAGAGGUAAUCAUCCUCGGCAGGUUUCCCUUGACUGCGAUUUGAAAAGCACCGCGACCGGCCGACCGUCGCCCGCUUUUUUCAACUCGCAACAAUCGAAUCAGCAAACCGUCGGCGUCGUCACGUGCAACGGCCCGGGGGUCAGCAGCUUCGGUAAUAUCAAUAACUUCGGUAACGUCGCGCUUGCCGCCUAUUACAACGACAUACGAAGCCCCGCGACUCCCGUCGUCGCGAACCCUCGCUGGCACAGCCCUUACGUUGGCGUUAUAGGUAGCGAAAUUUAACCGCCAUUAUGUACAUUAUGAAUAGGUACGCCAUAAUUAUAUAUCCGUAUAUUAUAUACAUGUAUAU